AGCUGGAUUCCAGGCUGAGCUCAGAUACCACGUUCAUGAGUCGCUGGCUUCCUUUGAAUGCCAAUAACCUCUUGCAGGACCUGGUGAAAGUGGUGGGACUCUAUACCUUCAUGCUCAGCACGUCACCUCGGCUCACCCUCCUCUCGCUGCUCAACUUCCCCUUCUUGUUAGCAGCGGACAAGGUGUACAAUGCACGCCAUCAGGCGUUGCUCCUGGAGAUCCAGGAUGCUGUGGCGAAGUCAGGGCAGAUCGUGCAGGAGGCAGUCGGAGG